GAGACAAUGCUUGUUUAAUUUAUCAUAGUAUAAUAAUACUUGCUUUCUCUCUGUGCUGCUGCUGAUUUUUGGUAGCUUGGUUUAGCAGCAGCAAAGCAAGGUAACAGGAGCAGUAAAAAUAGGAUACAGUCUGUUGCUCACACUUGUAAAACACCCUUUAUAAGUUGAAGUGAGAAAUACAGUAUUUUGCAUUCAACAGCUGCCCUAGCUUUGCUGCCACUUAAUCUCACUUGGUUGCCCAGGAAAGGAGAAGAGGUCACAAGCCUAGAAAGAUGGGGUGGAGACUGUGCUGAUAUGCCUGUCCAAUGUCCAGUUUAGCUUGAUGAUGUCAUAAUCCAUGGCCACUGUGAUGGCUGGAGAGUGUAGACCAUUGAACUUCCUUGGCAAAAUAUGUUCCUGGCCAAUACAACAGCUAAGGGGAAAGAUCUCGGUCCUUACAACAGCCAAGGGACAGAGGCUGAGGAGGGUUACCCUUUCAGACUACAAUUUCCAGAAUCCCAGAUUUUCAGAGUUGCAGGCAAAGUCUAUGGACGCUGUGAACUGGCCCGGGUGUUGAAGAAAGCUGGUUUGGACGGCUACCGUGGACACACCUUGACUGACUGGCUCUGCAUGGCCUUCUAUGAAAGCCACUUUGACACAUCCCUUGUCCGCUAUGAAUUUGACGGCAGCACCAGCAACGGCAUUUUCCAGAUCAACAGCAACAUUUGGUGUGAGGAUUACAAACACCUCCAACCAAACAAGUGCCAUAUCCAUUGCAGUGAUCUGUUGACCAGCAGCAUCCGUGAUGACAUUGUCUGUGCCAUGAAGAUCGCACAAGGACCCAGAGGGCUGGGGGCUUGGAUGAGUUGGAGGGAAAAUUGUGACGGUCGUAAUUCAACUAUUUGGCUAGACGACUGUAAGCUAUGAGAGGACGAAAAGAAAAGGAACGGCAAAAGAGGAUGGGCAUGGGAUCAUGCAACACGGAGUGUUUCCAGAACUGUUCCUUUCUGGGAACUAGACAGUGCACUGUGGAUCACUUCAUAUCCAGUUCUGGGCUGUCCCUUAUGGUUGAGAAGAUCCAAAUGUUGUGAUAUAAAAAUACUUGU